AUAACCCCUGCACUGCAAGUGCAAUGCAUUAAGAAGCACUCGGCAUCCUUUUGUCUUUGCCCUCCGCUUUCUCUCUCUAAACAGAUUUUUCUCUCUCUAAAAUUUUCGUUUUCCGUACGCCAUGACCUCCCCCUCCGCUUCUUCACGCAAGGCUUUGAGCAAGAUCGCAUGCAACCGGCUGCAGAAAGAGCUGGUGGAGUGGCAGGUGAAUCCUCCUGCGGGUUUCAAGCAUAAAGUUACUGAUAAUCUUCAGAGGUGGGUAAUUGAAGUCAACGGCGCGCCUGGGACGCUGUACGCGGGCGAAACCUACCAGCUUCAGGUGGAUUUCCCGGAGCAUUACCCUAUGGAAGCGCCUCAGGUUAUAUUUGUUCCUCCAGCUCCACUCCAUCCACACAUAUAUAGCAAUGGCCACAUUUGUUUAGAUAUUUUGUACGAUUCCUGGUCCCCAGCCAUGACUGUAAGUUCAAUUUGCAUCAGCAUUCUCUCCAUGUUGUCAAGCUCCACAGUGAAGCAACGUCCAGCAGACAAUGAUCGCUAUGUGAAGAACUGUAAGAAUGGCAGAUCUCCCAAGGAGACAAGAUGGUGGUUCCAUGACGAUAAAGUGUAAUAACUAAAAUCUGGAGAAAUCUGUAACACCACCCCACUUGAGGGCUGGAUGGUAUUCUCUUCCCUUUACAAGCUAAGGGAAGAACCCAAAAAAAUAUUUGAAAAGGAAAAAAUGAUUUUAUUUUGACUGCACUGGAUGCCGAGAAGGCAUCGAACAGACAAUUUAGUAGCUGCUGGCCUAAUGUCGAUGUAUUUAAAAUGUCAGCGGUUUUUUCUAGCUUGUGUGAAGCCAAAGCAUGCAAUUGCCUAUCUCUAA